AAAAAAAAAAAGAAAAAGAGACCAAACCCUAAUUUCAAUAGACAUUUUAGAUUUCAAGGGAUUCGAAACGCGCACUCUCCUCUCGUUCCUCAUCCCCUCCUCUUCGCCUCAGCUCUCACCUUUUGUUCGGAUCUCCACUUCUCCGUCAACCUCUCCGAUCAAAACCAAUCAGAUGUCUACACCAGCCAAGAAUAAAUCAAGAGACAAGAAGGUUGUUGUGAAUGAAUCACACAAGACACCUACUAAAUCCUCAGCCACAGCCUCUUCUGGAGGAGGAUCAAUAGGUGGUGCUUACAAUCCUCUCUUAUCCACCGUUGAGUCUUCUCCUCAUGGUGCCUCUUCAUCUCUUGGCCGUUUCAGAAGCGUCGAUGAGUCGGAUUCCACCGGAGGAGCCGACUGUGAUUCCGCCUCUAAUAACGGCAGCUGGUCCGGCGAUUCAGAAGACCACAAAGAGAAAGCGCCACCGCCGAAACAGGAAACCACAGUUCCAGGAGCUGAUAAUGACAAGAGGGAGAAGAUGCGGCUCAAGAACGAGAGGAAGCACCAGCGUCAGAAGGAGAAGCGAGCUCAGGAGCUGCAUGAGCGGUGCUGUCAGUUUCUAAUGUCGAGGAAGCUUGAGGUGCUUGCUCAGCAGAUCAUGCAUAUGGAGCUUGCUUCACAUGAGAAGGUGACUUACGCUCUUAUGUUGAAUGAAGGGAAGCUAGAUGAGUCUAUUAACUGGUUGCUUGAUGAAGGUGGGGCUAAUUUAGAUGAUGAUAAGAAGCUAGAUCCUCCUAGUUCUGGGAAUUUAAAGCUUGACAUUACUCAAGAGCUUGGUAGGAUCUUGGAGCUGGAAACGAAGUAUAAGUGUACUAAGCAGGAUGUAGAGAGAGCUGUGGUUUCAGCGGAAGGGGAUAUUGAGAGAGCAGAGGAAUCUUUGAGAAGACAGAAGCAAGACCAAUCUACUACUGCUUCUAUAAAAGUAGAAGAUGUUAGUGAUAAUGGCAAAGCCGCUUCUGUUCAUACAAGUCAAAACAUAGUAGCUCAGUUGCAACCUAACUCAAGUGGGGGGGAUGAAGAUAGAAAGAAUCUUGGUUACUCUAGAGGAUCCGGUUAUAUUAGUGGAGAAUCUGGAAACCAAAGUGUUAAUCCAAUGGAUAAGAUUAACAUGAAACUGCAGUGGAUGAAAAAUCAACAGAAUGCUGCCAUGGAGGAGAAGAAACGCAUGGUUAAUCAACAGACACCACUGUCACGGCCAGUAGAAGAAACUCAUCAUGUGGCGGCUCUAGGUGAUCAGGUCAAGAGACUACAGCAACAAGAAAUGAGGGAACCAGUUACGUUGAUGCAGCAGCAGCAGCAACGCUCUCAGUCAGUUAACACAAAUGUGUUACCUGCCUCUACUAUGAAUCCAUCCUUUACCGUAGCAGCAUCAGCAGCAACAAUAGGAGGAGGCAACGGUUGGUACCCUGCAAAUAGUCAAUCUAACGGAUACGUACCCACAAGAACUCUACCUCCUAGUGAUCUGAACUCGAACCUGAUGUACCAGCAACUUCAGUAUCAGCAAUAUCAAGGCCAAGUGAACAACGGACAGAGAAUGGCAGUGGGGUCUGCACCACAUGCUGUGGCUCCAGCUGCUUCCCUUGGGCUCUUCUCCGGGUAUGGAUCAGCGUCACCAUCAGGGAUAGACUGGAACGCUGAUGGGUCAAAAGGGAAAUACGACUACAACAAAAUUGAUUGGAGUUUAGACAGAGGCCUAGCUUGUCCGAGACAAGAGGAACAACAAUAUGUGGCUGCUGCAUCCCCAUAUGAAGCAGACAUGAAUGGAAGGACAAGAAUGAAUGGGAUGGGCAUGGCAAUGGGAGUGCAGGAAGCUGCUUUAGUUGGGAAUGGGAGGGAAUGGACAUCACCGUUUGAGGGUAAAGAUCUGUUUGGUUUAUCUAGACAGUAUGUACCUCCUUCACUUUGAAGGUGAAUGUUGCUUCUAGAAUAAAGAAAAAAAAAUGCAAUGGGAGAGUGAGAGCGAGAUAAUGGAUGGAUGGUAUGAGUUUGUGGUUACUAGUUUUUAUCAAGUGUUUUCUUGCUUGUUUGCUCAAAAAUGGAUCUUUCAAAUUUCCUAAUAUUUUAUCCCCAGCGUUCCACACAUGGAAUGGUGCUAUCAACAGGUGAUCUUAAAAACUUAACACCAUUCACUCGUGAGUAAUCCUCUCUAGUUAUGUAAAGGGUAAGAAAAAACACAUGUUCUUGAUUUCACUUCUCUGUUGCAAACAUCAUGUGUUACACUGCCACCGUUCAUGUCACAACUAACAAUAUGUGCCUCCGUUCUUCUCUAAGCC